AUGCCUGGCAUCGACCCGAAAAUCAUCUGUCACCGACUCCACGUCAACCCUGCUUGCAAGCCAGUGGCCCAGAAGAGACGCAACUUCGCACUCGAGCGAGUUGCUAUCAUCGAAGCCGAGAUUGACAAACUCCUAGCUGCUGGCUUCAUUGAAGAGGUCUCCUACUCAGAGUGGCUUGCCAACGUUGUUCUAGUGGCAAAACAAGAGAAGGGCAAGUGGAGAGUCUGCAUCGAUUACACCGCUCUCAACAAAGCAUGCCCAAAAGACAACUUCCCAUUGCCGAGAAUCGACCAACUCGUGGAUUCCACUUCUGGCAAUCAGCUGCUUAGCUUCAUGGAUGCCUACUCCAGCUAUAACCAAAUCUUGAUGCACACGGAUGAUAAGACGAAAACUUUUUUCAUCAUCGAGAGAGGGACCUACUGCUAUAAGGUCAUGCCUUUUAGGCUAAAGAAGGCCGGAGCAACCUACCAAAGGCUGGUGAAUAAAAUCUUCAAGGAGCAAAUAGGAAAAACUAUGGAGGUAUAUGUGGACGACAUGCUAGUCAAGGCCCCAAAAACCUCACUGAGGCAUUCAGCUUGCUCCGCCAGUAUCACAUGA